ACGCAUGAAUCCCCUUUACUAUCAGCAGAACCUGAUUGCAGGAACAAAAUAGUAUAAAUUGUUACGCUACCUGCUUAAAGGCACAGAGGGCUGAGUGAACAGCUUUCUCAACUCAUAGGACAGGUAAAAGUAACUGUUUCUGUAAGGAUAUUCUUGAAUAAUAAAUGGGGGAUCAAAAGUAUUGCGGCAGGAGAUUAGACAUAUGCGUGGUCUUGCCGUAGGCUAACAUAUUAUUAUUAUUAGUGAAAGUAAAGCGGACAAUAUAGAGAUCGGAUUAGAUCAACUCUUUGGAUCAAGAUAGCAUGCAUGUUAUUAAAGAUGGGAAGCCAACAACAACAUCUGAGUAUUUGAUCUUAAUAUGGGAAUAGGAUGUGUAGCCCGGACAGCUGCGUAAGAGGAACAUUAUACCUUAGGUGAAAAGAAGAACGAAAAUGAUCCAACCUGGAGUCACGUUCAAACAACCGAAAGUGUUCUGUGUUUCGAAAGCAAGUGUGUGUGUUAUGUAUCACCUGUUUUUUUAAAUAAUCCUAUGGAACUAACGGUUUUCGUCUGGAUCCUUCACCAUGUCAAAAGUAAUUCAGAAGAAAAACCACUGGAUCACCAAAGUUACCGAGUGCGCUGUGAGUCGGGAUGCUCGCGGGGAGCUGAAUGUGGAGCUGCGCGGCGGUGCGGAGAAUGGAGAGUUUCCAUACAUCGGGGAAGUUAGAGAGGAUGUUUUGGUUUAUAAAAACGGACAACUGUCUGAGGGGGAGUUACUGCUGGAAGUUGAGGGUUUAUCGGUGUCUGGAUUGCCACUGUAUGACGUCUUGAUUGUGAUGAAUCGUUGCAAGGGUCCCGUCAGGUUGAAAACUGUCCGACAAGGUAACAAGCUGAACAAGGACUUGAAGCACUAUCUGAGCCUGAGGUUUCAGAAGUCCUCCCCCGACCAUGAGCUGCAACAGACCAUCAGAGCUAACCUCUACCACCAUGCUAUGCCUUGUACGACACGCCCCCCUCGAGACGGGGAGGUCCCCGGGGUUGAUUACAACUUCCUGUCUGUGGAGGACUUCUUGAACCUUGAGCAGAGUGGAACACUACUGGAAAUAGGAACGUUUGAAGGUAACUAUUAUGGGACGCCUAAGCCGCCGAGGCAGCCCGUGGUUGGGACAGUGAUUCUCAGUGAUGCUGUGCUCCUCAACGGCCCUCCAGGCUCCCAGCAGUCCACUCCCAAGCGCACCAAGUCCUACAAUGACAUGCAAAACGCGCAAGUAGGACCUGCAGACUACGAGGAUGACGACCAGGCCACAGAAAUGAACAACAGUUUUACAGGUAACCCUAGCGACCAGGACGAGAGCUGCGGCGGUGUUCUACGGCCGUACCCCGCGCGCGAGAACGCUCCGUCCUAUGGUCUGAACAACGUGGCCGCAUCCACCUCGGACAGCGGGCAGCAGACACACGCCCAGCCCCAGGCCUCCCCAGAAGACCCCCUAGGACCCCUGCCAGGCAACUGGGAGAUGGCCUACACCGAGAACGGAGAAGUCUACUUCAUAGACCACAACACAAAGACCACAUCGUGGAUCGACCCUCGCUGUCUGGAGAAACCUCUAAAACCUCUGGAAGAGUGUGAGGAUGAUGAAGAAGGGGUACAUACGGAGGAACCGGACAAUGAGCUAGAGCUGCCAGCUGGAUGGGAGAAGAUAGAUGACCCAGUGUAUGGGGUUUACUACGUAGAUCACAUCAACAGGAAGACCCAGUAUGAGAACCCCAUAGUGGAGGCUAAACGCAGGAUGCAGCUGGAGCAGCCGCAGCCUCCUGAAGGUGAGCGGUACAUUCGAGAGUGGAUAGAGGAACACUCCUCAGCUGGUGCGCCCCUGGCCGUCUAUGCCAGUAACCACCUGGAGACAUACCGUGACCCCCAGGACCCGCCCCCACUGCCCCCUCCCCCGGGAGGGACCAAACGAGGGAAGCCGUUCUUCACACGGAACCCAGCAGAACUGAACGGAACCUUCAUCAACACCAAACUGAAGAAGAGCCGCCGUGGGUUCGGCUUUACUGUCGUCGGGGGCGAUGAGCCGGAUGAGUUCCUCCAGAUCAAGAGUCUUGUUCUGGACGGUCCUGCUGCUGUGGAUGGGAAGAUGGAGACAGGUGAUGUCAUAGUGAGUGUGAAUGACAUCAUCGUGCUUGGCUACACCCACGCCCAGGUGGUGAAGAUCUUCCAGUCCAUCCCGAUCGGCUCCAUGGUGGACCUGGCCCUGUGCCGCGGCUACCCCCUGCCCUUUGACCCCGACGACCCCAACACCAGCCUGGUGACCUCCGUGGCCAUCCUGGACAAAGAGCCCAUCAUCGUCAAUGGCCAGCAGAGCUAUGACUCCCUGUCCAGCCACGGCAGCCAGACCGGAGGCCCCGUUAACGGGAUGAGGGAGCCGCGGGCCCUCAGCCCCUCGGCGGAGGUGGCGUCCAACGGCUCACAUGGCUACUCCUCCAGCGACGUGGUCACCCUGGCGUCGUCCAUCGCCGGGCAGCCCGAGCUGAUCACGGUGCACAUGGAGAAGGGCGAUAAGGGCUUUGGGUUCACAAUCGCUGACAGCUUGACGGGUGGGGGUCAGAGGGUGAAGCAGAUUGUGGACUACCCCCGCUGCAGGGGCCUGAAGGAGUCAGACAUUCUGAUGGAGGUGAACAAGAGGAACGUCCAGAACAUGACUCACAACCAGGUGGUGGACCUGCUCAGCAAGUGUCCCAGAGGCAGCGAGGUCACCAUGCUGGUGCAGAGAGGAGUGGUGCCAGCCAAGAGGAGCCCCAAGCUGGUGCAGCAGCUGGAGAGGAAGGACAGUCAGAGCAGCUCCCAGCACAGUGUGUGCAGCCAUCGCAGCACCCACACAGACUCUCCCAGCCACCCCUCCUCCAACAUGCCCAGUGAGGCCGUAGGCCCCCCUCCGGCCGCCCCCACUCAGCUGCUGCCUGGCCUGCCUCCCCUGCCCACCCAGGACCCUGGAGAUGGUACCAUGACCCUCCAGAAGAAGCCAGACCCCUUCAAGAUCUGGGCCCAGUCCAGGAGCAUGUAUGAAAGCAGACAGCCAGAUUGCCAGGAGCAGGAGGUCUUCCUGUGGCGGAAGGAUACAGGUUUUGGGUUCCGCAUCCUGGGAGGAAAUGAGGCCGGAGAGCCGAUCUACAUUGGGCACAUAGUGAAGUAUGGAGCAGCAGAUGAGGACGGGCGUCUGCGUUCGGGGGACGAGCUCAUCUGUGUGGACGGCACGGCGGUGGUGGGCAAGUCUCACCAGCUGGUGGUGCAGCUGAUGCAGCAGGCCGCCAAGCAGGGCCACGUCAACCUCACGGUCCGACGCAAAAGCUCAGGAUACGGAGUGGGUAAAGGGGAGGGUGAUGUGCCCCCAUCCCCGGCCUCGUCGCACCACAGCAGCACCCAGGCCCCCUCCCUGACCGAGGGCAAGCGAACCCCCCAGGGCAGCCAGAACUCCCUCAACACAGUCAGCUCCGGCAGUGGCUCCACCAGUGGGAUCGGCAGUGGGGGGGGAGGGGGCUCCGGCAGUGCUGUGGUCCCCGCAGCCCUGCAACCAUAUGACAUGGAGAUCCAACGCGGGGAGAACGAGGGCUUCGGAUUCGUCAUUGUGUCGUCGGUCUCCAGGCCUGAUGCUGGGACUACUUUGGCUGGAAAUGCAUGUGUGGCCAUGCCCCACAAAAUAGGGCGCAUCAUCGAGGGGAGCCCAGCGGACCGCUGUGGGAAACUGAAGGUGGGCGACCGCAUCCUGUCCGUCAACGGCUGCUCCAUCACCAACAAGUCCCACUCGGACAUCGUCAACCUGAUCAAGGAGGCAGGGAACACCGUCUCCCUGAGGAUCAUUCCGGGUGACGAGUCCUCCAACGCGUCUCUGUUGACCAAUGCUGAGAAGAUUGCCACCAUCACCACCACACACACACCCCAAACUGCCACAGAGUCUCGGAAUAACUCAAAGUUGAAACAGGCUCCUCCUCCACCUCCUCCAACACAAGCUCUGCCCUCACAGGAUGCAGAGUUCUACUCUGUGGAUCUGGAGCGGGACAGUAAAGGCUUUGGGUUCAGCCUGAGAGGAGGACGGGAGUACAACAUGGACCUUUAUGUGUUGAGGCUGGCUGAGGACGGGGCGGCUGGCAGGAAUGGCAAGAUGAGGGUGGGAGAUGAGAUCUUGGAGAUCAACAGCGAGAGCACAAAGAACAUGAAGCACGCACGCGCCAUCGAGCUGAUCAAGAAUGGUGGCCGGAGGGCACGCCUGGUCCUCAAGAGGGGCGAUGGAUCUGUUCCUGAAUAUGACACCAGCCAUGACGGGCACUCUCCCACACCCGGGGCACAAGACUCUCCGCAAGUGAGAACCCUGCCACCAAACAGCCGAUAUCACACCUCAUCGGAGUCCAGUUAUCCACCAGACCUUCACAAACCAUCACGCCAUGAGGAUGCUGGACAGGGCCGAGACAGGGACAGGAUGGAGCACUUGGGCCGGCACUUUAACCACCACCACCAUCACACCUGGAACAACAACCACACCAACUCCAGACAACACUCCCCGGACAACAGCACCAGCGGCGGGAACAACAAGAAGAGUCUUGGCCGCAAAUUCAAGAAGUCUGACUCAGAGAGCGGCAUCUCGAAACUCUUAAAGACUCUGCGCAAGGACAGCUCUGGGAAGAAGGCUGCAGCUGCAGCGGCGGAGAAAGAACGAGAGCGCUCCGCUAGUAGCAGUACUCUGGACCAGAGAUAUGGUCGAUCGCGCCGCGGCUCCCUCGACCGCUCGCCCACUCGUAAACGCCACACUUCCCCUGACCGACGGCGGGCCAAGUCCAUGGACCGCAGGGCAGAGCGAGCACACCGGGACUGCACACCUGAGAGGGAGUAUGAUGACGGAGGGUUUCUCAGUCAUGCAGCCACUCCUGAACGACCACUCUAUGACCGUAGGCUCCUGAGAGAACCACAGACCCCAGGAAGAGCCUACAUGGAGGCCACCACCCCAGAACGCCCCAACAACGGGGCCUCCUCCCUGUCUCUCUCCAGGGACCGCACGACUGACAUGAAGGCCACCACCCCAGAACGCCCCAACAACGGGGCCUCCUCCCUGUCUCUCUCCAGGGACCGCACGACUGACAUGAAGGCCACCACCCCAGAACGCCCCAACAAUGGGGCCUCCUCCCUGUCUCGCUCCAGGGGCCGUACGCCCGACAGAGGCAGCCUGAAGAAUGGCAACCUCCUGAGGGACUCGUCGGCCGAGACGAGGGAUGAGAGCUACGGGAUAAAUGGAACACCAGAGAGACGCUACAGGUCAGAGAGAGACUCAUCUCCAAACAGCAGCUCCAGCAGGGAGGAGCUGAACUACACUGCAGCGCCUGCUCCUAGACUGAAGGAUUACUACAGCACACUGAAGAACAACUCCUCCGCUCACCACAACGCCGGCUACAACAAUGCAGGACUUAGCAACAAGGCAGGACAACACCACAACAACGCAGUAGGCCGUGCCCCGAACCAGUUCCCAGAACCUAAGAGAAGGUUUUACAAAGAGAGCCCCAAGGACCUCAGCAUCUGAGUGGACAGAGCCUGGCUUCUCAGCCCUUGAUCUGUAGAGACUACACUGGACUUAGACUUCUGAGGAGAUUGACUCAUGUGAUUUAUCUGAUUGCUUGACUAAUUUGACUACUUGUGAUCCCAGACAGAGAUUCAUACCACAGCAGGAGUACAAUCUUUGUUUUAGUUCUUACUGUACGUUUCUGUUCUCGUUAUUUUGAGCAUAACAGAGGUUGUUAAUACUGUAGUGAAGGUAUGUGUAUGUGCCUAUCAAAUUACAAAUGGUGAUUUAGCUUUUUUAUAGGCGUCUCUGACUCCACGUGUUCCCUCUGAGGUUUCGAACAUGCUCCUUACUGUGCUAACAGGUACUUCAUGAUGAGCUUGUUUUAAUAUGUUUUUAGAUGUUGUUUUCCACCCCAGAAUUGCUUUAUAAAGCAAACUAUAGCACAAGACGUUGGCAGUACAGGCAUUUUAUGGACGACUGCAGUGAAAACCUUAGUGAAUAUCAUACAGAACGAAGGCAAACAAAUGAAUGAAGUAAUAUAUUUCAAAUAAUACUUUUUGCAUUUGACUUGCUAUUUAUUUUCAAUUGGCACACACCAUGAGGAAGCUCGGUAAAAGGACCAAGUUAUACGCCCGAUCACCUGAAAAUAAUAAUAAUUUUUACCCCUGCUGGAUUUGCUGUAGAAUUCUAUAUUUUUGAUCUAUGUUGGUAUGACAUGCCCCUUCCUUACCAAGCCCACAAACCCUCAAAAAUCAGAGAGGGGAAAGAAGACCAUCUAUUGAGAAAAACACCAGGUAUUGUUGAUAUUUCUCUCACAGAGCAGACAAGUCUAAAAACCCACCAGGAUCUGAGGCUGUUUGGGGUUUCUGUUUUUCAGUGUGUCUAGUAAUGAUGAGCCAAGGAGGAAAACUUUAAUAAAUGAUCUCAGUAAGAGGUGUCUGGGUAGAUUGCCUGUGGUGGAAAUACAAUUGAACAAAGUUUUGUAUUCCUGUUCUGAGGACAGUAGAAGCAACACGUUACCUGACAGGAGCCUGUAACAUAAAACCUACUUCACAGUUAUACGCAGCAUGGAGAGGUUGACCGAGAGGUCAGGUGGUUUUAAAGUAACCACAGUCCUAUAAUGACUUGAUCCUACAAAUGUAGGCUGCUUAUUUGAUCCCACUGUUUCCGGAGAAUUUUCCCUUGUGAAAAAUAAAGCGGAUAUUGAUCAACGGCCCAUUGAUCCUAUGCAGGUGAUAUGGGAGUAUUUCUCAAGUUCCUCUCUUCCUCUCCCUGCCCAAGGAAAUUAGGUGAUGAUGUAAUAAUGUAAGGAUGUUGUUGCGAUGAUAACGGAUGGACCGUUCCAGUACAGAGGUGGGCCUAUCUGCCAGGCUGAGCCAUGCUGUCACACCACUGGAGUUUGACUGCUGCUUUGACCGUGUGUAUCCUCUGUUUUAUGUUUCACAAAAGGACUAAAAAGAUAUAGGAAAAUCAACAACAAAUGCAUUGUUUUAUCACUGUUGUUGCCAUGGUACUGUAAAAAAAACAAAAAAAAAACACACAAAAAAAACAUUUAAAGACGUUAACCUGUUGGCCACCACCUGUACAGAAUUUCAAUAUGUAACCAAUAGGAACCCAUUGAGGACUAAAAUGUUGCCUUUUUCUUGUACAAAAGAGACAUUUAUGGGAAACCUCUUUAGUGAGGAAUGUGAUAGUGUUUAUAUUUCUGAAAUGGACCUGAUGAUUCAUGGGAAUUAUGUUAAUGUGCUCUGAAUCAGGUAUGUAAAGACAUUCUAAAAAUGGACGACUUUAUUUGGUCAAUCAGAAUCUCUUUGUUGGUUUGAAUAUUUCUCGAUGGUUAGCCUGCCUUUGUAUUAUAAAGCACUUGUAUGCAGUCGGUGUUCUUUCAGCAUUAUUGCAAUGUGCUCCAGACAUAAUGCUAUCUCUGUGUUGAUAAAAGCAUUACAUGUAUAUGGGCCAAUCUUUUUUUAUAAAACACUAUGCAUAUAUAAAUACUACAUUGUUCAUAGCUUUAUUUAACCCAUGAAGCUAUACAUAACAUUAGUCUAAGUACAAGUAGAUGUGGACUUAACCAGUAAAGCUUCUUUCCUUGAGAUGGAUCACAAUGUAUAUGUAGCUAUCAAAAAGAAGUCUGUGAAUGCUAUUUUUAUUAUCAAAUAAAGUUUUCCAUACAAAUUCAAAA